AUGGGGCCAGCAACUGGGGCGGCUGAGAGCGAAGAGUCGCUGCAGGAGUUGCGUGUUGAUGGCGAUGGACACCAGGAGACUGGCGGGGAGCCAGAACCUCCUCGUAACUGCAAGAAAUGUAACUACUACAAGAAAGGCUCAGUUGCCCUCACAGCCAUGGUCUUAGUUCUCACCGGUGCUGCUGUUGUCCUGGCAGUGUUGUUAUCUGGGCGUUCUUCAGCUGCUCUGGGCCCUGCGUGCCCGGACGGCUGGAUCGGGUACCGAGGGAAAUGCUACUAUUUCUCUGAGGCCGAAGGAAACUGGAACAACAGCCAGAGCCAGUGCUCCUCCCUCAGUGCCUCCCUGGCUGCGAUCGACACCCUGCAGAACCUGGCUUUUGUGCUGCGCUAUAAAGGCAAACUCGACCGCUGGGUCGGCCUCCGGAAGGACCCGGGGCAGCCCUGGAAAUGGGUCAACGGCACCGAAUUCAACCACCUAAGCCCUGUGAGAGGAGGAGGUGACUGUGCGUAUCUGACUGAUCAGGGUGGGGUCAGCAGCUUGCGAUGCACCAGUGAGAGAUACUGGAUCUGCAACAAACGUGAUGCUUUUACAGAGGCAAAGGAGGCUGCCACGGAAAGGGGAUCAUAA